AUUCAUCUGCUUCCAGAUCGAACGCCAUCGCAGUGUGCGUGUUAGUAUUAUUAUCUGAACUCUAAAUAUUCUAUAAAUGGUGCGGCUACAACAAUCCUAUUCGCCGCAUUCGGGUAUGCUACCCGAGCGCGCUGCACAUUUUGCCGUAGGACAUCCGGCCGAAUGUAGAGAUGGAUCUCGCGAGCGUGAAGCUAAUAGUGGACCAUCACUGUUCCAGCCGGGUGAUCGCAUCAUGGAUGAAUACUCAAAAGAAGAGUUUCAUGUGGAUCAGUACCUUGGAAAGGGUGGAUUCGCAGAAUGCUUUGCUGUGAGAUCGAAUCGCUAUCGCGGUCAAUUCGCUUUGAAAGUGGUUGAGAAAGCGAAACUCAAAGAUCCAUCAUACUCGAAGAUGCAUAGGGAGAUAAAUUUGCAUAGGUCGGUAUCCCAUCCGAAUAUUGUGCGAUUACGUGGCAGUUUCCAAGAUCGCCACUACUUUUUUCUCGUUAUGGAACUAUGUCAAGAACAGACACUUCUCACACUGAUAAAUCAGAGUAAGCGUGGUUAUCUGUCCGAAUAUGAGAGCAAAGGUUAUAUGGUCGGCAUAUUAUCGGCUGUCAGAUAUCUUCUAGAUAGAAAUAUACUUCACAGAGAUCUCAAACCAGGCAAUAUUCUUAUAGGAACGGAUGGGAACGUGAAAUUAGCGGAUUUUGGCCUUGCCAUUUUGAAACAGGAUCUAAAUCCAAUGAGUGUCAGUGGAACUCCGAAUUAUCUUGCUCCGGAGAUUCUGAUGAAGCGGGGCCACUCUGAAUGCAGCGAAGUUUGGUCGCUAGGAUGCAUGCUCUACUGCAUGCUCAUCGGCAGACCACCAUUCGAAUCAGAAAGUCUUGACGAGACUUAUGCGAGAAUCCAGGCGGGUCAGUAUUCUUAUCCCCCUUGGUCCAAGAUUUCUGACGAGGCAAGGGAUCUGAUCAACGCCUGUCUUAUACACUCUGCGAACUUCCGCCCAACUGUACGAGAAAUGCAAGAAGAUCCAUGGAUGAAAAUGAGCCAUCCUGUACCUGACAGCAUGUUGUCGAGGACAAAGAGUCUAAAAGAACUUUCGUCGAAAGCUGAUGCUAAUGGCAAUGUUGUUGUGAAUGCAAAACAACCUCAUCGACCUAAAUCUACCCUUGAUCUUGCUUCGGCUGGAGCAGCACUUAAUAGGUCACGACGCAAGUCCAUAGCAAGCGAGCAUGACUCGGGAUUCGGCUCCGAUCCAGAUAUGUCUCGACGACCUGCUUUAGCAGCGACUGUUAAUGGUUAUCUCAACGAUAUUGGCGCACUUCUAGGUGGGGCGUGUGAUUUUGCACUGGAGCCAUGCCCACUACCACCUGUGUUCGUCUCAAAAUGGGUUGAUUACACAAAUCGUAGAGGAUUUGGCUGUCAGUUCAGUGAUGGCUCUGUUUCGGUGAAGUUUAACGAAGGACUAUGUCUGAGUUGGCAAUCGAAUUCAUCGACCAUUGUCUACGCUCAAACUCCAUUUUCUUCACCUCAUGCCGUUCAUCCAGCAUUUCUGCAAAAUUCUGGACUUACGCGCACACAUAUUGAGGUGGCACGUCAGUAUCGCGAAUAUAUGGAAAGAGAGCUAGCUGACACAGAUCUCCUUAUGUCGCAAGCUUCUCGUAGUGCAGCCUUGUCGACCUCUCAUAGUCCACCUUAUCUGGUAUUCACACACCUUGGAUCGGACUGUCUGAUAAUGGUUUUUAGUGAUGGAACAGUGCAGGUGAAUCUGAUGAAGAAACGCUCUAAGAUUGUUCUUUGGAAUGGCGAUGGUGGAACAACUGAUCACGUUGAUUCCAAGUUUACUUGCAUCGCGAUAAUCGAGCGUGGUUUUGCACCGUUUGCCUACCGCAUCCGGCCUGGGCAUAUGUAUGGCCUUGAGCUGCCACAGAGCCUCGAAGACUCCCUCUUCGUAGUACGUCGGGCACUGAAUAUGGAAUGCGACUUCCUGCACGUCUCACGCAGACCUAUUCAAUCUACGGAAUGCUGAGCGACCUAGAUAUCUAGAUAGAAGUACUCUAACUCCUCAGUUUAGGCCUAUUCUGGCCCUCGAAUGGGUUCUUGUUAGCCUUUCUUUGAUGCUCAUUCCGUCACUGUGUUCGUCUGAUUUUGUGUGUCCGAUCGAGUACAUGUGCUCGGGUUCUUACCUUUCGCUCUUUGCCAUUGAUGUCUUUUCGCACUGAUCCGGGUCGCCGCGCCUAUUUGAUGUUUUGCUGGAAGAGCUGAGUGCAAAUAUGUGUCUCUCAUAGUUGGACAUCUUUUCCCUAUAUUAGGAGAAGUCUGUUUGCUGUGCAUCGAAAAGUUCCUACUGGCGCCGUAGUCCAGAGGCGAGGUUUUUGAUAUCGAAGCGAUAUCCUCAACCUGUAAUUAUCUAUCUGUGGAUAUUUGUUUAUAGGUAGUUUAUUCUUUUGUUUUAAUAAUCUGUGGAACUGUGCGCCGAAUGAUCAUCCGCCCAAGCUACAAAUGAACUGAUGAGUGUAUCCCAUACAGUCUUUGUCCGCACACUGCCAUGAAUGUACCGAUAGUUUCAAUUUAUUCGGAGUUUAUAGUUAUAGCUGUUGUGUUUAAGUUGUGAUUUGAGUCCUCAUCUAGUGUAGAUAGUUGAAGAAUCAAAUUUAAUGAAUCUUUAUCAUUCACCUUGUUCUCCUAUCCUUAUGCCUCCGCCGUUAUGCAUUCGAAUCACUUGUUUGCUGCCAGCAUCGUCCUUACAUGGAUACCAUCCAUCUCAGUCGAUAUCUCUCCCUCUCGUUACUUUGUUUUCCUUAUCGACCAUCUCUUCCACAAACCCCUGACCGCGCCUAUAUCGGGUAUCCAUUUGCAAAUCUGUAUAGUUGUUUUGUUAUCUGCAUAAAUAUCACUAAUGAUU